UCCAGUUACUCUCCAUUGCUUGAAAAGAAAAGUUUUAAAUCGACGAUGAAGCUUAAACAUUUUGCAAUUCUCUUUUUUGUUUCUGUUUCUUUCGCAACUCCACAUAAAUAUCGAUAUGUUGAAAGCGAAUACCUUGAAGAUAUGUUGGAUGAUCAUAUGCAUCCUGAUCAUGAUUCACAUACAGGAAAAUUAUUCUCAUCAUCACGAAGUGCAAAAAUGAAUGAAGAUGAAAAAACCAGCGAAUAUUGGUUGAAUCAAGCUAAAGAUCAUUUAGAAAUGAAGUUGAAAGAAAUUCAUAACACUGGAAAAGCUAAGAAUGUUAUUUUAUUUAUUGGAGAUGGAAUGUCUCAUCCUACUAUUACAGCAGCUCGCAUUCAGAUGGGCGAUGAAAGCAUGAAAUUAUCCUUCGAAGACUUACCCCACACUGCGAGUAUCAAAACUUAUUGUGUUGAUGUUCAAGUUUCGGAUUCUGCCUGCACAGCAACAGCUUUUCUCUCAGGUGUUAAGACUAAUGACGCACUUAUUGGAUUAAAUGGACGAGCUAUUCGAAAAAGCUGCGAAGAUGGUAAUGACGACAGUAAGAAAGUUGAAUCGUUUGCAACCUGGGCAAUGAAUGCGGGAAAAGAUGCUGGUUUUGUCACUACAACAAGAGUCACUCAUGCAACACCAUCUGCUAUGUAUGCUCAUAUCACUGACCGCGAUUGGGAAAAUAAUAUCGAUCUUGAAAUAGCUGGAUGUGAUUCUGAUUUACUUGAUGACAUUGGUGAACAGUUAGUUCACAAUGAAGCUGCUCAGAGACUUAAAGUUAUGAUGGGUGGUGGAUCAAUGAACUUAAUUGACAGAUCAUUUAGCGAGCAUGGAUCUUUUGGUAAUCGAACUGAUGGUAAAAAUUUAAUUGAUGAAUGGAGGGCAAUGGAUCCAUCGAGAACCUUCGUUAAUAAUCGUCGAGAAUUAAUGGAUCUUAAGCCUGAGGAUGUGAAAAAACUUUUAGGUGUUUUCAAUGGCGGACAUAUUGAGUACAAUCUUGACAUUCAGGAAGAAAAUCAACAAGAAAUAUAUCCGUCAUUAACUGAUAUGACUUUAAAAGCAAUUGAUAUUCUUAAUGAGAAUGAAAAUGGUUAUUUCUUGUUCGUCGAAGGUGGUCGCAUUGAUCAUGCUCAUCAUCAAAACCAAGCAAGAUAUGCGGUUGAUGAAACAAUUGAAUUCUCAAAGGCAGUCGAAGCUACUUUAGCGAAAGUGAAUUUAGAAGAUACACUUGUUGUUGUAUCAGCUGAUCAUGGUCAUGUUAUGACAAUAGCUGGUUAUGCUGAUCGUGGCAAUGAUAUCUUUGGAGUUGCUGGUAUUGGAGACGAUGAUGUGCCUUAUAUGACUUUAUCCUAUGCUAAUGGCUUAGGAUAUACGCAACACUUCAAAGACGGUAAACGAGUUGAUGUUAACACCAUGAGCGAACAAUGGAAACAAAAUAAUUUCCGUUUCCCAUCAACAUUACCCGUAAAUUUUGAGUCACAUGGAGGUGAAGAUGUUGGGCUUUGGGCUAUUGGACCUUGGUCGCAUCUCUUUCAAGGAACAAUGGAGCAACAUGUCAUUCCACAUAUUAUGGGAUAUGCGUCUUGCGUUGGUAAUGGCAUGACAAUGUGCGAUGAAGAGUGCUUAAUAAAAACAUUUAUGAGUUUUGUGAUAAUCACCAUUUGCUGGCUAUCAACUGUUCACACAAUAGAUGAAUACCAUCAUAAAAGAAUUUUAAAUAAUGCACCCAGAACAUUUUCAUUUAAGGAUGAAAAGGAACGUCAACCUGAAUAUUGGAUGGAACAUGGACAACUUUUUCUGAAAGAAUUAUUAAACAGACAAGAAAACACAAAUAAAGCUAAAAAUGUUAUUUUUUUCUUGGGUGAUGGAAUGAGUUUUGCUACAAUUGCAGCUACAAGAGUCUACAUGGGUGGUGAAGAAAUCGAAUUAUCGUUUGAAAAGUUUCCGUAUACUGGAUUUUCUAAGACUUAUUGUAUCGAUGCUCAAGUAGCCGAUUCGGGAUGUACUGCUACAGCUUAUCUCUCCGGCGUCAAAACAAAUUAUGAAGUCAUCGGUCUUAAUGGAAGAGCAACUCCACGAAAUUGCACAGCACAUACUGAUGAAGAAAGCUACGUUGAUUCGAUAGUAAGAUGGGCACAGAAAUCAUGUAAAAGCACCGGAAUUGUUACGAAUACGAGAAUCACGCAUGCAUCGCCUUCUGUAACUUACGCUCAUAUGGGGCAUCGUGAAUGGGAGAGUGACAUCAAUAUGGAACGUGACAAUUGUGAUUCCAAAGAACAUAUGGAUAUUGCUGAACAACUUGUGUACAAUAUCGAGGGUCGCAACUUAAAAGUAAUUCUUGGUGGUGGUCGCGAAAAUUUCCGAAAUGAAACUGAAUUGGAUGAAGAAAAUCAAAUUGGGAAUCGUCGUGAUGGACGAAAUUUAAUAGAAGAAUGGAAGACAGAAAGAAAUAAAGAUGGUGUAGCAACAUACGUGUAUGAUAAAAACGGCUUAAGAAAUGUUGAUAUCUCGAAAACUGAUUACUUGCUAGGAUUGUUUGAACACGGACACAUGAGAUACAAUUUAGAUGUUAUUAAUAGAAACUUGGAACAUCAAGAACCAACACUUACAGAUAUGACAUCAACUGCUAUUAAAAUGCUGCAAAAGGAAGAAAAUGGUUACUUUUUAUUUGUUGAAGGUGGAAUGAUUGAUCAAGCUCAUCAUGAUGGUUAUUCGAGAUUAUCUUUAGACGAGACAAAAGAAUUUUCACGUGCAGUUGAUGUUGCUCGUCAUAUGACAGACACGUCAGACACUCUCAUCGUUGUAACAUCUGAUCACAGUCAUGUGUUCACAUAUAACGGCUAUCCACCUCGUGGUAAUGACGUUUUCGGAAUGGCUGACAUUUCUGAUGUAGAUGACAUUCCAUUUAUGACAUUAUCGUAUGCAAAUGGGCCGGGAUUUGAAAUUACCCAUGAUGAAGAAGGAAAUCGAAUUAAUCCUGAAACUUAUGACACUACAGAUCCAUUCUUCCAAUAUCCUUCAUUGGUUCUGAGAGAAAGAGACACUCACGGUGGUGAAGAUGUUGGCGUUUGGGCUUCUGGUCCAAUGGCGCAUUUAUUCAAAGGUCAUUACGAACAAAGUGAAAUCCCAGUAAUUAUGGCUCGCAUAUUAGAAGUUGGUCCUUAUGCUGUCGAUGAGAAAUGUGCAGCAUGUAUGGUAAAAGUGAAUUCGAGCACUAUGAAAGUAUUUUUAUUUGUACUUUUAGUUGUUUCGACUUGUUCGGGCAAAGACGAAAUUCAUAGCAAAGCCGUUGCAUCUGCACCGCCGGUUAUUAAUGUUAUGGAAGGUUCAUCAGAAUUUUGGAGAAAUAAAGCUCAACAUUUCAUCACGAUGAAACUAGACAGUAAAAUUAACAUGAAUAAAGCAAAGAAUGUGAUUUUAUUUCUUGGUGAUGGAAUGAGUUUUUCAUCAGUUGCUGCAACAAGAAUGUAUCUGGGAGGGGAAGAAACAGAACUUUCAUUUGAGAAGUUUCCACAUUUUGGGAUGGCGAAAACCUACUGCGUCAACGCACAAGUCGGUGAUUCAGCUUGCACUGCAACUGCCUUUCUCUCUGGUGUUAAAACAAACUACAAUUCAAUUGGAGUGAAUGCAAAUGUUGUUACUAGACAAUGUUUGAUUUAUAAGGAAGAUCAUGUCGAUUCAAUCUUCAAUUGGGCACAAAAAUCAAAUAUGGCAACUGGAAUUGUAACAUCUACACGAGUAACUCAUGCAACACCAGCUGCAGCUUACAGUCAUGUACCGCAUCGUGAUUGGGAGCAUAAUGCUGCAAUUACAUCUGCAUGUCGUGAAUACGAAAACGUUACUGAUAUCGCUCAUCAAUUAAUUCACGAUGAAGUUGGCAAGAAUGUAAAAGUAAUUUUGGGAUGCGGAAGACGAAGUUUUAUUAACACAACAACUGUUGAUGAAGAAGGAAGACCAGGGCUGAGAAGUGAUGCAAGGAAUUUAAUUGACGAAUGGUUGGAGGAAAGGAAUAAAAAUGGUAAAGCGAAAUAUGUUGGACAUAGACAAGAGUUGAAUGAAGUCGAUAGUGACAACACGGAUUACUUGCUUGGUCUUUUUGAAGAUACUCAUUGCAGGUAUCAGAUAGAUGUUGACAACAAUGGUCUUCAGUAUCAAGAGCCAUCACUGUCUGACAUGACUGCCAAAGCAAUAAGCAUGUUACAAAAGCAUAAGGAAGGUUUUUUGUUGCUUGUUGAAGGUGGAAGAAUUGAUCACGCACAUCAUGACAACAAACCACACUUAGCUUUAGGAGAAACAGCUGAAUUUUCAAAAGCAAUCGAUAUUGCACGUCAUAUGACCAAUGAAGAAGAUACAUUGAUCGUUGUGACCUCUGAUCACAGUCAUCCAAUGGCUUAUAAUGGUUACCCGCAAAGAGGUAAAGAUAUAUUAGGGAUUGCAGGCAUAAGUGACGUUGACUUUUUACCUUAUGAAACUCUGACUUAUGGCAACGGCCCAGGUUAUCAAACAGUCUUGAGUGAUUCAGUAUCUCGAAUUGAUUUAACAACUAUUGAUAUGAAGAAUCCACAACGACAAGCAUCUUCAAAUGUUCCAAGGUCUAGUUCAACUCACACUGGAGAAGAUGUUGGCAUAUAUUCCUCAGGCCCGUGGUCACAUUUAUUUGCAGGAAAUUAUGAACAAAAUAAUAUUCCAAUUCUUCUUGCUUAUGCAUCUAAAAUUGGUCCAUAUCAAGAAUUGACAAGGACAUCAACUGCUAAUCGUUUGUCAAUUUCAAUCAUUUUAAUAACAUUUGUAGUUCUGUUAAAAUAUUUAUAUACUUUCUAAUUCAAUAAUGAGAAGUGGUUUAAUUUUAUGUAUAUUGAAAAACUAGCUUACAUAAUAAAUCUCUAAAAUCAUCAAAAA